GGCGGCAUCUGCCGUUGAGUCACUAACGCCAUUGCAUUCCUUGUGGGGUUCUCUUACUGCCUGCCACGUGAGCUGGAAACCGUAAGUGCAUCUCUCUCCCCCAACCUCACCUGAUCCCGGUCCUCUACCCGCCGCACCGCCCUGCCCUUGGGCCUGCGUCCCCCCCAGCGCUACACCCUGGGAGCUCCAGUGUGCUCCGUUGCCGUUACACCACAAAGGGACAUGUAAGGCCUUGACUCGUGUGCAAAACCAGGACAAUGUGGAGGCCUAGCCGGAGGGAGACAUUUGCCCUCUGUUCUUUUUUGCCCUGCCGUAGCUUCGCUCUGGUAGCUACCCCCCUCAGGAAGGCUGGCGGUACUCCCAUGCCCACAAGGCCAUUCUGGGGCCCUUCGGGGAGCUCAUGACAGAGGAGGACAUCCUUUGCCUGGAGAAGCAGAUCGAGAACCUCCAAGUGAUGCACAAGGUCCAGAAAGUGGAAUCUGAGCUGGAGCAGCUGGAACAGGAGCUGCAGCAACUGCUGCCCGUCUCCGCAGCCUUGACCAAGGAGCACUUCACCGUCAACCCCAAGCGCAUGCAGGGCCAAGCGGACGACCUGCCGGCUUGGUGCAGCAAGAUCUCCACUCUCCUGAAAAGCAUGGCCCUCCUCUUGGCCACACUGGGUGGCAAGGCCAUUAGUCUGGCCGACAUGGUGACCCCCCAAGGGCUGGAGCAGGCGGGCGGUGCCACAGAGGCCGCACCACCUGUCAAAGAAGGCCCGGCUAACAUUGUUCGGUCCCAGUCCUUCAGCUGCACCAGGGAGGAGGUGGAGAAGGAGAUGGUGCAGUGGGGGGUGUCAGUGAAGAACCUCAAGGCCAACUACGAGCUCCACACGCAGUCGCAGCUGCCCAACACUGCGCCCAGCCGGGUGUACAAAAGGAAGCGGUCUCUGCCAGUCGGCACUGUCCAAUUCACUCUUGGCCGAGAGCCGAUCCUAGAAGAAGACUACAUCACUGGCAUUGAGCUGUUCGGCGGGCUAGGGGAAGAAGACAUCUCUGCCAUGGGCUUGGAGCCACCCAUCCAGCCCUCUCAUGCCCCUGUGCUCUAUGGGGAAGCAGGGGUCCUGUUCCCCAGGCAGGCCAAUGCUCCAUAUGUGCUAGGGGAGCCCUUUGGGGAGGCUUUGUUCAGCCCUGACCACAUGACCAGGAGCCUCCCGGUGCAGACGGAACUGAGCUGCGUGCAAGACUACAUUGACAUGCGGAAGGAAAGGAUUGUCUUCCUCUUCCUGGAGCACUGGAAGAAGUGGACUUUCACAGCUUCGGUGAAGCAAGCCAACCCAAAGAGGAAGCUGGCCGCCUCUGAGGCCCCAGGUGCUGACAUGGCUGAAGCACACCAGCUGUGCAGCAGCAGCGGCCCAGAAGGUUCUGGGUCGAUCUCCAUGGGGAAGAAGCCCAGUGAGGAUGACCGGCUCCUGUAUUUCAUGAAGCAACGGCAAGUGGUAGGGAAGCUGAUAGCCCACUGGAGAAGCAUCAUUAGCCAAGUGCCCAGCAGGCAGAUCCGUCGCCUGAGCCGCACCAACAUGCUCUACUGGCCGGAGCAUUUCCUGCCUCACAUCAGCGGCACGCCAGUGAAGUACAACUGCCUCACCCUGGACCUCUUCAUGCUGGGCUACUUCCAGCUCCUGGAGAUGAACAUGAGCCGCGAGGAGCGCAAGUUCCGCCACCUGCUCUGCUAUGAGAUGUUUGACCGGCUGGGCAGCCACAGCUGGGAGCUCAUCCGCCAGUUCCACAAGGUGGUCCUGGAGGAAAUUGAGGCCGGCAAGCGGGACUGGCUGGAUGGCUUUGAGGACCUCAAGCAGGAGUUCUUUGGCGACAGCCUGCAGCCUGACCAGGUGGUUGGGGCAGAUGCAGAGGUGCCAGCGGAGUCGCACUGCCCUCCCCCCGCCCUCUCCCAUCAGGAACCUUCCCAGACGUUGGUCAGAAACAACCGAGAACUCAGUUUGUCUGCAGAUGAACUGGCCCCAGCCUUUGCCCCAAAGAGCAGGAAGAACUCCAUCCAGCUUGUUUCGGAGUUUGGGGAGUUCAGCAACGAAGACAUUUGCUGCUAUAUAGACCGCAGCUUUUCCUUCUGGAAAGAGAAGGAGGCAGAGAUGUUUGAUAUCUGAGAGUGCUUCCUGGGAGGGGGGGAGGGCUGCUGACCUUGGCAUUUGCAGAGAUCUGGCCCAGACCUCCAACCCACCUUCAUGGGACCUUGGUUGUUCUCAAAGACGACAACUUUUUUCAAGCUGGUGGUGGGAGUGGGGAGGGGUUAGGACAGCCACUGCCCUCAGCGGGAGAUUUGGCUUAUCUUGGUGAGCGAAGGCGAGAGGCCUUGGCUGAACUUUCCCUGAAUGUCAGUUGGGGGAAGUUUUCCCAUUGUAAGAACUUGGGACCACCCUUUGGCAUUGAUCUGCAGUGCUCAGGGCAGGCCAAAGGAAUGACUCCUUGACGCAAUACAUAAUUUAUGAUUUGCUACCACAAGAUUGGUGAUGACCAGCCUUGAAAAAAGGACUGGACAGAUUUUGCAGAGGGAAGAUAAUAAACCUGCUAAUUAUGAUAGUUAAACAUAGGGAGCUGUUUUGUACCGGUUGGCAUAUUUAGCUCAGUAUUGCUGACAUUGGCUGGCAGAAGCUCUCCAGGAUUUGAGACAAGGGUCUUUCCUAGCCUUACCUGCAGGUGCUGGGGACUGAACCUGGCACGUUCUGCAUGCAAAGCAGGUGUCCUGCCACUGAGCCAUGGCCCAUCCACGUCCAUAGAUAUCUGUGAAGGUCAGGUGCUGCGGAAGGGGGCAUCGUCAUCUGAGCCUCCCAGAGACACCUGAUUGGCUACUGUGGCAAACAGAAUUCUGUGCUACAUGGACCACCUGUAUGGUCCAGCGAGGCUGCUUCUAUAAUCCUGUUGUUGUUGUUGUUGUUGUUGUUGUUAAAACAACAACAAGAACAACAAUAACCCUGCCCUUCACCAAUAGGUAUCAGGGCAGGUUACAAAAUCUAAAAUACAAUAUUAAAAAGAAUUACCACACAUUUCAAUCACAAAAAUAGGGUGGGUCCUGAAAAGAUACAUCUCAGGAGCUGAAAGUAUAAAGAGGAGCUUCUUUAGCGUUCACUGUAUAGCAAAAGUGCAAGAUGCACCUCUGUAAGGAGGUAAUGGCGCAACUGAGGGGCUGCCACAGGGAAAGCCCUCUCCCGGGUCACCAACCCCUAGAGGACUGAGGGUGUUGGAAGUCCCCAAAAGGGCCCCUCUGCUGAUCUCAGCAUCCAAAGGAUCUAUAGGGAAGGAGACAGUCUCUCAGAUGUUUGGGACCUAAGUCGUUCAGGGCUUUAAACAUGAAUGUGGGCACUUUGAAUUGGGCCCAGACCUGAACUGGCAACCAAUGCAGCUGUUUUAGAAGAGGGGUUACACGAGUCAAUCCUUCCAUCUAUCCAGUGCUGUCAAUAUUUGGAUGCCUAACAGUAAUGGUGCCCCCACAUGCGCGCACACAGAAUCAUGGUGCAGAGUACCCCUGAAUGGGGGCAGAGCUGGCUUUCAAGGCCUGCUUUCUUUCAGAUUAGUAGGCAAUCAAACAUAAACUCUACACUACUCUGCCCCCUGCCUUCUCGCCUCACAUGACCAAAGAUGCGAGCAGGACUGGAGCUGAAUCUUUCCUCUGAGGCCCAGAACAUCCUGUGGGUUUAUGCAUGUUUUAUCUCCCCCCCUCCCUUUUGUUGCUGCAUUUUACCAGUGAGGAAUCCCUUGUGCAGCCUGAUGUUGGGGAGGCGUGCAGGAGGAAUGGCCAGCAGGGGAGGCGUUGCCACCUCCCAGCACCUGCCUCACUGAGCUUCCUGGGAGGGCCGGCCCUGACAUUGAGUGUCAGUGGCCCUCCAAGGUCUCAGGUUAAGGUCCUUGAGUUGGAGAUGGUGGGGACCAGACCAGGGCCCUUGGACCUGCAAAGCCAGGGUUCAGACAAGGAGCUGCCAGUCCUCCCCAGGUGCUAGCAGCGAGGGGCGUGAAGUUUGUCAGCAGCUUCCUGGAUCCUGCCGUGCUAGAACCUCAUUCCCUUCGGCGGUCUCCCCUCCCAACCACCCCCAGCCCUGCUUAGCUUUAGCUAGGCGGCUGCAUUACAGGCUUCCAGAGCCCUAAUCGCUUGCCUACCAUGGCAGGCAAUCAUCUUCAGGAUCCCCCUGAAAAAAGAGUGAGCUGCAAUGAACUGCUUUGUCUUUAUGUGAAUUUGUCUCUGCAAACUUCAACAAAGCUUGAGCAGUGAAGCUUUUGCUGAGGGGCAGAUGCGAGAAGCGUCAACUGACGUGGUCAGAAGUAUUAACUGCUUUGUAGAUUUUUUUUUUUUUAUGCUACAGAAAUCGUUGACACUUGUGGUUAUGAUUAUUACAAGCCUCCGCUAGAGCUUUCUUUAAAAGCAUUUCAUAUAAUCCAGAGUUGGAGGAUACGGUAUGUUGAGGUCAGUGGGGUUGGUAGCCUGUAGGUGCUUGUGUUGCUGUUGUAGGGUGAUCUCCGAACCUUGUUCUCUAGAAGCCCUGGGGUUCAUGUGCGAGAAAGUCAGUAUAGUCUUGGCAGGCAAGUUUCUGUGGAAGGUGCUGUGGCCACCUCUACCAACCUUCUUCUGCAAUCCGCAGCCACAGAGCAGAGAUUGCACAUCCUGAAGGCAUGCACACAUAGUUCAUAUGGAGUCCUGGAGAAGCCCAAGCCGUUCAUGCUCUGCACAAACUGAGAAUGUGCCCCAGAAUCCUCUGGAAAAACAUGCAGAGUUUCCUCAGCAGCUAAAUCCACUUUGAGUGUAAGAAGCUUGGAAGCUGCUAUAGGAAACUACAGCUGUGGGCAGACUCCAGGCUUCUGGGAUCUACUUUGAUUUUUACUCAAACCCCAAGAUCUGUCAACUGGAGCCAAGUGCAAACAUACUCUCAGAAUUAAGGGACAGGUUGCACCUGAGUGCACACACAGCUCAGAAAUUUGAUUUCAGUACCAGAACUGAGCUCACAAUCUUCCUGUCACACAAAGCUCCACUCCUGAUCCCCCACAAGCUUUCUUAAUCUCAGCAGCCUAAUUUAGUAGGGAAAAAAGUCUUGUUUUCUGGUUGCUAUUGUUAGACAGUUGGGAGUCAGAAUCCGUGCAGAUCUAUUGCAAAUCACCCCGAGAUCUGCCAGCAGACCCCCAUCUACUUGCUGUUCACCCCUGACCUAAACAACCCCGACUGAGUCUUGUCCUGUCCAUUAGGAGAAGAAAACAGUGGAAAGGUAGCAUGUUUUGUUAGGACGAACUAAAACAUCGCUGUUUGUGCUGUUUCCAUUACUCAGUUAGCAAUAGUGUGAUGCUUUCUUUUAAAGUAAGUGGCAGCCAUGGGAGGGCCCCAUCUGGAUCAGGGCUGGGGGGGGGAGGAUUAACAUUUGGCCCCCACCAGGUCUCAAUCCAGACUGAGCCUCCCACAACUGUUUACUUAAAACAACAACAGUCAUGAGCAUGAAUAAUGUCACACCCUCUGUUUAUGGCUUGUAGCACACAGGCAAGUCUCUCUCAGCCUGUGAAUGUGCCUGGAGUCCAGAAUUUCUGAUAUAGGAACGUGGGAAGCUGUUAUUCUAAGUCAGACCCACUGGCCCAUCUAGUGCAGUAUGGCCAGUACUGACUGGCAGCAGCUCACCAGGGUUCGAGGCAGGAACCUCCCCCCGCCCCACCUAAGGAGUGUUCCUGGGACCUUUUGCAUGCAAGGCAGAUGUUCUGCCACUGAUCUGCGCCCCCUGCCAGCAUGGCCGUUACAUCUAUUGGCAGCACAGCAUCUUCCCCACAUCCGUCUUUGUCUCAGAGUGCAUCAUUAUAAGCAAAGGUCACCUGGGGAGGUUUGGACAGUCGAAACAAAGAGAUACUUCAACCUCUCAUUCUGUCUGGGUGUGAUUUCAAGGUGCAACAGAAGGGAUCUUCUGAUCCACUCAGUGUUCCAUUUUUUUCCCUUGCUUGCCUUUUAUUAUCUCCAGCUAGCGCAAAACUGUCACCUUGUCUGUACAGGUGGGA